UGAUUGCAUUUCAGCCAUUUGCCUAUACUGCCCGCGUUUUGUUUUGUUGUCGGAGUAUUUUUUUUGUCACUGAAACAAAUUCGAAUUUAAUUCGUUUAGAGUUUAGUUUGAAGAAGAAUUAUCAUGUCUCUGGAAUGUCCCUCUAAUCCGGUAUACAAUACCUCAGUGGAGCAAAAGCUUAAAUCAAAAAAUGCCGCCAAGAUACGACGUUAUGGCAAUGAAAAGCUAAGGGAUAUGCUAAGAGAGAAAUGUAUAAUACGUGCCAAAGAGGCUAGACAACAAUGCUAUUCGCAGACGCGCAUUGAUGAAGAUGCAAAGUCAUUGCUGAGCAAGAUUUCCAUUAGCGAUAUAUUGCGCCAAGAAUUGGCCGAAUUGGAACACGAUAUUGAAUUGCAGGAUGCCAUUUAUAAUGAAAUUCUGGAUGAAUUCAAUGAAUGGUUUGUUCAGGAAUUUGAAGAUGAAGCCAAUUAUUUACUAGAGGUUGCUGAAUCCCAGGAUCUCGUAUGUCCCGUUUGCCAGGUUAACAAUUUGGUGGCUUACACCACAAAAGAUCAGCACUUUAACUAUCGUUGCAAAUGCAAUGCCAACUUUUUAUUCGUCUCGGAUUCUGGCUCCCUACAUUCAGAGUUGCUGGCACGCAUUGAUGCCCAUGAAAAAAACUGCUUAAGCAAAUUAAAUUUCUAUGUUGAUCCUUUGAAUUCACAAUUAGAAGCCUUAUGUGAUAAUUGUGAUUAUUUUUGUAGUCUUUAGUAAGGCCUUAAGGGCACUUUUAUUCGUUACAUAAAAUUUUGUAUUAAUUUUUUAAAUUGAAAACUGAAUAUCUGUAUUAUUUAAAAUUUGCUAACCCCAUUGAGAUUGGCCAUGUUAUUUGUGAGCUAAAGUUAAUUUAAUCGAAUUGAAAGUAAAGCCUAUUGUAAAGGUCUAUUGUUUUUGUCUUUUUAAGUUGGUUUAUGUUAAGUUUUUUAAUUAAGUUAAAAAUUUAUGCUAGAAAUGUUUGUACUAACACCUGAAGUUGUCAACCAAUGGCAAAAUAUUUUUUUGUUCAUUAAGUUUAAUUAGUCAUAUAUUAAAAUGGGGUUCAAGCGCCUAAAGGGAGCAGAGCCCCCUUACCAAGAAAUAGCUUUGUUUAUAUUUUUGUAAUUUUGUAAGCAAAUAAAUGAAUUUUUAAUUUUUAAGUAAAAAAGAA